ACACAGCUUACUGGCAAUAACUUCCACUGUAGAAUAGUGCAAACUAAAGUCUCUUUUUUUUCCUGAUAUCGUUCAUAUUGCCUGGCGAAAAUGAACAUGCCCAGCAAACGCAAGCAUAUACACAUUUCACCUCCAGAUAAUGGCGCACAAAAAAGCAGGCAAUUUAAGGGAGUUCGGCUGAGAAAAUGGGGAAAAUGGGUGUCCGAAGUGAGAAUGCCCAAUUCCCGAGCUAAAAUUUGGCUGGGGUCUUACGACACUGCUGAGCAGGCAGCCCAUGCUUUCGACGCCGCCAUUUAUUGUCUGAGAGGACCUCACGCAAAAUUCAAUUUUCCCGACGCUAAUCCCGCCAUUCCGUCUGCCUCAUCACUUUCCCGUCAGCAGAUUCAGGUCGCCGCAGCCAAAUACGCGCGCGACCAAAUUCCCUCCACCACCGGAAAUAAUAACAGAGUCUUGUCGGAAAAGCCCUCGUCGCCGCCGAUGUCUUCCAGUCAGUCGGAAAUGGAGACGUCAAGUGACAGUCUUUUGAUUUCCGAGGAGCUGGACUUGGCAUUCUGGGAAUCUUUGUUCAGACAUUCCGAUGGCAAUCAGUUGCCGAAUUGGGACAAAUUUCUGUCACUUGACGCAGCUACAUUAGAAGUGAUGUCAGCAACAGGAGAGCAGGGGUCCAAAAUCUUGGACCCACCUCAGUUGUGGGAUUCCUGAGCUGAUUUGGAUAACUAGAAAGAAUCUGCUUUGCUGAUUUCUGAGCGAACCUAAGAAAAUGUCCGUGGCAAUUUAUAUGUCACACCUGUGUUUUAAGUUGCCUGUAAAAUUCCCCACUUGUAAUAUACUGUAAAACAUAAAGAUUUUAUCUCUGUUUAUGUAAUAGCAAAUGACAUGGCACCUUUUAACCUUUAUGCUGUAGUUGUACCAUUAUUGUUCAUACAAAGUAAUAUAAAUUCUUGGGCUUUGCCUUUCUUAA